CCCGAAAUGUCAGAUAUCAAAGCGGUCACGGCGGCAAGGGGCGGUGAUCGCGGGCGGGAGGACGAGGUUCACAAUACUGUACCCUAGAUCUCCCUCCCGUUUCUCGUCUCGUGGGCGUGAGAGCGAGAGCGAUAGAGGAGACGGAGAGUGAAAGGCAACGGAAGAGUGGAGAAGUUGGGGAGCAGAGGUUCCUUCUCGGUGUCGGUGUCGGAUUUCAGUGCGAGGACAAAGCUCGUUCGUAUUGUUACGAUAGAUUUUCUUUUUUCCUCGUCGUCCCCUGUUCCACGCUUCGGUCGAAUUUUUCUUCGAAAGAAGUUGAGGUGUUGAGUGUUACUCGGGAAGAUGGCAUCGCACCCUCAUCAUCUGCAACAUCCGUCGUCGUCGCCUGGCAUGCCUCACCCUCAGGCCGUGAUGCAACCCCCCAUGCACUAUCCGCAGGGGCAGCCACAGAUUUUGAUGGAUGGUGGAUAUGGGAUGGUUUCUUCACAGCUUCAAGGGCAGAUGCAACCUCAACUGCAUUACCAACAGAUUCAGAAACAGCAGCUGCAGCUUUUCUGGCAGCAACAAAUCCAGGAAAUGGAACAAAUCAAUGAGUUCAAAAAUCAUCAAUUGCCGCUGGCUCGAAUUAAGAAAAUUAUGAAGUCUGAUGAAGACGUCAAGAUGAUUGCAGCAGAAGCACCUGUGCUUUUCGCAAAAGCUUGCGAGAUGUUCAUCCUAGAGCUUACCUUGCGUUCAUGGAUUCACACCGAAGAGAACAAACGACGAACCUUACAGAGAAAUGACAUAGCUGGUGCUAUCACCAGAGGGGAUAUCUUUGACUUCCUCGUCGAUAUUGUUCCACGAGAUGAACUGAAGGAAGAGGAUGUUCCUUGGUCAGGAGUUGGUGUGGCAGGAGACCCAUCAGUGUCUUACGGGGGACUUUACUAUCCACCUACUUUACAGCAACCUCUCCAUCAUACAAUGGCCUCUCCGGAUAUGAUGGUGGUUCAGCCGUCUAUGCCUCCCAAUCCGCAAAUGAUGUACCAACCACCGCAGUAAUUGGAGGUAGCUUACGAACCGAUUUCCAGGUCCAAAUGAAUAAUAUUAGCUACGUUUUUUGGAAUCUACAUGCCCUGGUAGUCCAGGGCAAGAACAUGGAGUGCAUGCUUGGCGGCCCGGUCAGGGUAUCUCUAGAUACUUUAGAUAGAGAAAAGGAAUAGGUUUUUUUCUCUAUCAAAUCUUUACCAUUAUGAAUACAAAUCUUAUCACCACAGGAACCAAUUUUUGGGUGAAAGAUUUUUUUUUGCUUAGUUGUUCAAAGAUACCCAAGGAAAUGAAACCUAUAAAAGUUUCCUUCAGAUAGAAUUUGGCCAACUUCGAGCCUGCAUAGCAUGCAGGCAUAUAUGCAAGAAAAAAUGAGGUUUAGUGUUUUGAGGUUUAGUUGAUUUCGAAGCAAUGUAGAAAGGCAGGAAACGACAGUUUUUUCGUGUGCAUCACCGCUGGCAUGGUGGUGAUGCAGUAGUCAUUGCACGUCAGGAAUUGUUUCUGUCAACGUUUCAUCUACUUCUGAAGGUCAUGAACCUCAACAGGAAAGCUUCCCCAAGCAAGGGAUGUGAAGCGCAACAAUUGUGUAUAUAUCUUUUUAAAGACAGUUAGUUCGUAG